AUGGCUCCGAGUACGGCUCCUUAUUCCACGCCAUGGAUUCCGGCACCUUAUGGUAGAGCCUGCGUUGGCUGCUCUCGUGCCAAAUGCAAGUGCUUUUAUCGCUCAAAUGGUGGAAGAUGCGAGAGAUGUUGUCGUCUUGAAACUUCCUGCGAACCUGCUGCCGGUGUCCGAAAGAGCAGAGUCAACGCGAUACGAUCUGCACCAAGUGCCGAUGCGAGAUUGGAGCGGAGGCUUGACGAUCUUGUCUCUCUAAUACAGUCACAAGACGCCAGCAGACCGACAGCUACUCUUGGGACGAACGGUUUCCCUUCAGUUGAGCCUAGCGGACAAAUUCCUUUCGACCCACCGCCAGAGUAUAGCACUCCAGCGUCGCCUGCAUCAUCAUACCAGCCGGACGUUGCGAUAAACUCGGCCGAUGCCACGGUCGAGCUCCUACGUCCUGCAGAUUCCGAAUCAAGCGAUACCUCUCUGAUACUGAGUGACAUGUCUCCCCAUGGCCUCACAGAUCGUGUCGCUGAGGAGCAGCUCAACACCUUCCGACGUUCCUUCUUACCCAACUCACCACUCUUUCACCUCCCUCCCUCUCUCACUUCUCGACAGUUUCGUCAGCAGAAACCAUUUACUUGGCUUGUGACUAUGGCCUUGUCAUCCAAGCAGAUCUCCAAACAGUUUGCCAUGGAGGAGACCAUCUGGCGGAUCAUAUCAAAAAGAAUAGUCUGUGAGCAUCUCGCCAACCUCGACUUGCUCAUUGGACUCAUCUGCUUUGCGUCAUGGUCACAUGGCUUCAAAAUGGACAAGCCCUUCAUGACAAUGCUUACUCAAAUGGCCGUGUCACUGGCGUUUGAACUCGGUUUGCAUAAACCUCCGGUAAAUGGGGCCCAGCGCUGCAAAUUCGGGCGAUCUGUUGCCGAGCAGCAACAAGCACGGAGGGGACGGACACUAGAGGAGCGACGAACUAUUCUUGCUCUUUUUCACUUGUCUUCGUCGUAUGUAUCCAUCAACUCUCCUUGA